AGGGGAGGGGAGGGGAAUACAGAAAGUUUGGGAAGCACAGGAUGAUCUAAAGAAAGAAACGGCGGUGUUGUGGACACUGAGGUUACAAGUUCAAAGAUGAAGCUGACUGGAAUAGCUCUGUUGUGUCUCUCCCUUCUUUUGGUUCAUAUACAUUUUUCCUUGGCCAAGAAAAAAGGAGGGUUUGGUCUCUUUAAGAAGACCUCCAAAACCAGUAAUCUGGACACUAAGUCUAAGGGUGGAAUCCUCAAACAGCCUAAAAAACCUGAACAAGGAGGCUACCCUCAGCAACCAGGCCGACCAGCAGGUUACCCCUACCAAGGAAGUUACCCCCAGCAACCAGAGGGUUACCCCCAGCAACCAGGCCGACCAGGGGGUUACCCCUACCAAGGAGGUUACCCCCAGCAGCCAGGAUACCCAGCUGGAGGUUACCCAGCACAGGGCUACCCAUAUGGAGGAGGUUAUGGCGGUUAUGGUGGUCAUGGCAGUUACGGUGGUUAUGGCAGUCAUGCUGGUUAUGGAGGUGGAUACAUGAACUACAACCCAAACAACAAAGUCCUGAGCCCUCGCUAUGGGGGCAGCUUUGGAUAUGGGGGCCAUGGUGCUGGGGUCGGCUCUCCCUUUUCCCACUCAGUUCAGUCGAUGGGCAUGUAUCCCUCUGAUAAAUCCAGAGGGUUUGGACGCAGUGCAGUGAUGGCAGCAGCUGGAGGGGCUAUGGCAGGGAUGGCCCUGGGCUACGGGCUAGGAAGGUUCCCCCGUCCUCCCUUCCACUUCCACAGCCCCCAAGAGGAGUAUUACUACAAUCACUACAUGUACAGGAAAUAUGGUACCAAGUCUACUGAUAGCAAUGACUACAGCAGAGACUACAUCUACAGCAAACCCUCUGAAACCUAUGACAGCUACAUGGACUCCUGCAUGAAGAGAACCGACAUUCUGCCUGCGGCUAAUCAAAAGCCAAACAACAAACCAGCUGUUACCACCACAACUACGAUUACAACUACUUCUGCAACUACCACAACCACUGCUGCCCCAGACUCUGGCAUUAGCAGCAACACAACAGAGAGCAACAGCACUGCAGCAAAAAACUCAACGACCGAAUCUUCAACUCCACUCCCUCUAAAUGAGCCUGAAGCCAAUCCAGUGCCUCCAGCUUCACAGGUUCUCAGAAAAGCUGCUACUGAUAAUGAUAAUGAUGAUACAGUUAGCAUUGUGGAGAUCGGCUACCCGGCACUGAUUGAGCAGAUGAAGGCCAGGAGGUGUGUUGAGCUGUACAUGGUCUACUCUGAAAAGUACUUGAAGAAAAGGACGGCGCCCAGCACCACUGGUGGGGUGCAGGGACUGGAAAUGGGCUUGCAAGGGCUUUUAGCUGUGAUCAUCAGUACGACACUGAUGCUACUGAACAGCAACAUGCUAAUACUGCUGAGCUGUGGCCUUUAUUAGCAUUUAAAGUGAUGGAGAAAUAUAGAAAUGAGGUGUACAACAAAGAAUGUGGUAAAGACAUUAACAGCCCCACAGAGCUACGAGCAUACUGUAGCUGUAGACUCAGUUGUUUUAUUUAUUCAAGCCAACUGUCCAGUGUCAGUGCCUGAGAGGAUUAGUUUGCACCCUGGGGCGAGUAGAUGAUCUGUCAUAGUGAUGAUCUGUGUAAAUGAACAGCUCUGUAAUAAUGGAUAUGUGCUUUAAGCGUGAUAUAGUACUUGUGUAAGUAAACUCAAGGGGUGCUGGUGUUGGAUGACUGUCUGAUUCAAACAGUGAAUAUGAUAUUGAAUAAUAAGAAUAUAGUGCAUUUUAUAAUAUCUGUGCUUUAGACAGAGGUUAUACAUUGUGAGCAUAACUGAAUAUUUUGUAAUGGAUCAUAUUUUCACAAUUUUGUACUAAAUGUCACUGAACCUUUAUGUAAUCAGUAUACGGUUCAAUGAAGUACAGAAAAUCCAAUGAGAACCUUAUUUAAGGCUGAUUAUGAUUUCUGCUGGAAUACUGUACUUGUUUAUUUGGAUAAAACACUCUCGUUAAGUAUCUAUGCAUGUUGUUGUCCUAACACUUCAUAUAUUACUUACGUUGGAAUCAAUGCAAAGAAGCACUUUUUCUAAUAUGUAUGUAUGUUGGAUGAUGUUUGUAAAAAAAAUUACAAGAAAAUCUCCAUAUGUGCUGCCCAUGCUUUGUACAGUGUGUUGCAUGUUUUGGGAUACAUUUUUACUUGCCUCCUGCUACCCUUCUAUCCAAUGUUUUGCCUCUCUCUGCGGUAGCUUGUGAAUGCUUAAGUGUUCUUAAAAUGUAGCCUAAGACCUCUGAUUUACUAAUUACAUCUGAUGAACUGAUGGAAGUAAAAAUCCAGAUAAUUUAGUUUUAUUUCUCUGUGAGAAUAUAACUAUUGUCCUGUGUUGGUGAUAGUAGUAAAACAAUAUAUUCAUAUGAAAAUGUAGCAUUAUUACUGUAAGAAAACCACUGUAACCACAA